CCCACCAAGGCAACCAUCCACCGGCCACCCAUCCAUCUCCGCCGUCGCGGUACUCACCAGCACCCCGCGCCCGCUCGCCGAUCGUAGCAACCCCCGACUCAUCUCUCGCCCAUGGUAUUUUAAGAAGUUCAGCACACCAACGAGUGCCGGUGUCGCCUGAUCCGACACGCCGUCCGCCGCCGCUGCCGCUCGGCCGACGACAAUUGCCGCCCGCUUCGAGCCUUACCUAGUCCGUGCGCACGCUGAUGGUCGUCAUGGGGACAUGCAUGAGUACCAGCGGGGAGGACUCGGACCAGAGGAAGAGGAGCAACAAGAUAGACAAGGAACUGGAGGAGGACUCCAAAAAGUUGAGGAAGGAAUGCAAGAUUCUCCUACUCGGCUCGGGCGAGAGCGGGAAGUCGACAAUCGUAAAGCAGAUGAAGAUUAUCCAUCUGAAGGGCUAUUCACAAGACGAACUCGCCAGCUACCGUCCGACAGUGUACAAGAACUUGCUAGAAUGCGCAAAAGCGCUUUGUAGCGCCAUGCGCCAGUUCGAAAUCGAACCAAUGCUGGACGAGAACAGGGAACACUGCGAUUUUCUCCUCGAUUAUUCGCUCGACACGAAUCCACAGGCGAGGAUCGACCCCAGGGUGGGCAUCGCGGUCCAGUCGGUAUGGAACGACCCGGCAAGGGAGCAGCUGAUGGAGAGGCAAACCGAAUUCUACCUCAUGGACUCGGCCGAAUACUUCUUUCAGGAGGCCAACAGGAUCGUGUCACCGAGCUAUCUCCCGGUAGAGAUGGACGUGUUGCGCGCGAGAACGAAGACGACCGGUAUUUACGAGACGAGGUUCAAGAUGGGACAGCUGAGCAUUCACAUGUUCGACGUCGGCGGGCAACGAAGCGAACGCAAAAAGUGGAUUCAUUGUUUUGAGAAUGUGACAUCCAUCAUCUUCUGCGUUGCGUUGAGCGAGUACGACCAGGUCCUGCUGGAAGAAGCGAGUCAGAAUCGCAUGAUGGAGAGUUUAUUGCUGUUCGACUCGGUUGUCAACUCUCGGUGGUUCAUGAGGACGAGCAUUAUCCUGUUUCUCAACAAGGUUGAUAUCUUCAAGCAGAAGCUUGGGCGGUCACCGUUAGGCAGCUACUUCCCGGACUACUCGGGCGGGAACGAUGUCAACAAGGCGGCCAAGUACCUGCUCUGGAGGUUCAACCAAGUCAACCGAGCUCACCUGAACCUCUAUCCACAUUUAACACAAGCCACCGAUACUUCCAACAUCCCACUCGUGUUCGCGGCAGUCAAGGAAACGAUCCUAAACAACGCACUCAAGGACUCGGGCAUUCUCUGAUACCCACGUUAUUUCUCCCAGUCCACCAAACCGACCCAUACCCCACUCGAACUCGAAAACCACCAUAUAGCGAUUUUCCUUUCCCCAUCCUGCUUAGAGCCAUUUUCGAAGGCUGCAUGACACGGCGUUGGAAGGCGGGCAGUAGUUCUAUCAUUUCCGGGCGACUAUACGAGCCACGUUCGAAAUA